AUGUCAGCCAGAAAGGGCUAUCUGCUCUCUUCGCCAAAUUAUUCCACAACAAUGGCAUGCUCCGAGAGCCCGGCUGCAAACUCUUUUUUGGUGGACUCCUUGAUCAGCUCAGCCUCAGGCAGAGGGGAAGGAGGAGGAGGUGGUGGUGGUGGUGGUGGAGGAGGAGGAGGAGGAGGCAACGGUGGCGGAGUUGGAGGAGGAGGAGGCGGCAGCGGUGGCUACUAUCCCAACAACAGCGGUGUCUACCUGCCGCAGACGUCCGAUCUGUCCUAUGGAUUGCAAAGCUACGGACUAUUCCCCGUCCUGAGCAAACGCAAUGAAGGUCCGCCUCAAAGCGCGGCCCCCGCGUCUCACACCUACAUGUCAGGGAUGGAAGUCUGGCUAGAUCCCCCGAGGUCCUGCCGCCUGGAAGACCCCGAAAGCCCGCAGGCGACCUCGUGCUCCUUUGCUCCCAGCAUUAAAGAAGAGAACUCCUACUGCCUCUAUGACUCCGACAAAGGCCCCAAAGAGGCGACGGCCACCGACUUGACGACUUUCCCAAGACUAACCUCAGAGGUCUGCUCCAUGAACAACGUGACCGCGGGGGUGCCUGUCCCAGGCUACUUCCGCCUGUCUCAAGCUUAUGGCACCGCCAAGAGCAGCAGCAGCAGUAACAGCAGCGGCGGCGGGAGCUACCACAGCAACCAUCACCCUCAUCACCCCCACCACCCACCGGGGCAAAUGGUGGUGGUGGCUUCCCAGUUCUCCCCCCAACCUCAAGUGCGCUUCGAGACUCCUCCAACUUUGCCUCCGGCGGUCCCACCCCCAGAUCCAGGGAGAAAAGAGGGCGAAGAAUCUUCCUCACCCAGCACCUUGGCUUGUGAUUCUCAAAGGGGGGAGGAAGAAGGUCAGGCUUCUUCUUCGGCCGCAGAAGACCUCUCCCCGGCCCCUUCAGAGAGCAUCAAGCCCUCCCCAGAGAAGGACACCUUAGGCAAUUCCAAAGGAGAGAAUGCAGCCAACUGGCUAACCGCAAAAAGUGGCAGAAAGAAACGGUGCCCCUAUACCAAGCACCAAACCCUCGAGCUGGAAAAGGAGUUUCUGUUCAAUAUGUACCUGACUCGUGAGCGUCGCCUAGAGAUCAGUCGCACAGUCCACCUAACAGACAGACAAGUUAAAAUCUGGUUUCAGAACCGCAGAAUGAAACUGAAGAAAAUGAACCGAGAGAAUAGAAUUCGGGAGCUCACAGCCGACUUUAAUUUCUCCUGAUGAACCUAUACACGGAUCUUUAAGGUUUAACGAGCCAGUACGAAUUUUCCCCCUUUAGGCUUUAGCUACUUGCACCUGUACGGAUUCGAACCUUUCGAUUACCUUCUCGGCCUCUCCAUCUCCUCUUUGUAAUUGAUCUUGUUGGGAUAAAGCCAUAAUGAUGCACACGCCGCCAUAUCUCGUAUUACUCUUAUUCAUGCUCGGAUUUUGAACGUCUGAAGCUGCGAAAUAAUAUGUCCAGAGUACUACAUACCGAUUCUUUCGGUUCCCCUCCCCAAAACAUUUUGAAAAACCUAACUGAAGGCAAAUAGCAUUCCCCCAAUCCAAUUAUAUAGAUGGCUUCUGGGAACUAGAUCGAAUACCAUUUUCAGUCAUGUAAAUCUGGCUGCAUCGCUGCUUAAUAGGGAAAAUGUUUCAUGAGUCUGCAGCUUAUAGUAGGACACACACACACCAAACCGUUGUAGAAACAAAAUUAAGCAAAGAAGCGAAGAGGGCAAGCUUGUUUGAGUCUCCAAAUGUUUCAUAUUAGAGUUUUAAAAGUACCCAUGAAAUCGAGGGACCUCUUCCCUCUCUCCCUGCCUUGAAAGAUAGGACAAUUUUUAUACUGCUUCUUGGUUAAAUUAUUACUCUGUGGCCCUAGGUAAUGACUUAAGGUAGUUUUUGCUUUGGGGAUGUUGGGUGACCGCUAAUUAUGCUUGACAAGCAGACGCAAAGGAGAAAGAGAGAGAGAAAUCUCCCUUUCUUGUAAAACAGCAAACAUUCUGCCCAUUGUGUCCAUGGAGAAGUGUGUUAUUUUAUGUACGUUGUCCACCAGAAGGGUGUUCUGACUGUGAGACGGUGAGAAAGAAGAUGUACUCCUAUUUCCUUGAUACUGUGAAGUUACAUGCAUUGCAAAGGUCAAGCGUGUAGUGCGGACAAAGAGAAGAAGAAAAUAAUCUAUAAAUACAGAUAAUACAAAUAUGUAUAAAUGUCUAUUAAUGUUAUUAAUAUUAUUAAAAUGCCGAUCCUGUUGAA